AAGAAGAAGAGCAACAACAGAAGAACUUGCUGCCCAAACAAGCGGAGCAACGUGUGUGGACCUGCUCGUUUCCCAAAAGUGUCUCGUUUAUCGUUUUAAAGACUUAAUUGUGGUCACAUGGACGAAGAGUUGACGGGCGGCUACCGGGAGCCGUGUGGGCAGUGCGGCUGCGUGGCCUGGGCCGUGUCGGACGAGGGUCGCUUCUUCUGCCGGUUGUGUCACAACGUCAUCGAGAGAACCCACCAGGUGGAGGUGCUGACAUGCGCCCCGGGAUCAUCGCAAAUCUCCACCAUCAGCCAAGGGAGCCGAGCGAAGAGGCCAGAGCGAGUGUGUCGAUGGGUGGCGUGCGAAGGCUUCCAGUUCAUCCUGAUGAGGCAAGCGGCCGCCCUGAUUGACCUGGGCGUCGCCCCGAGCUUUAAGGACGACGUGUUGUGGCCGCUGUGGCGCCGCUUCCUACAGAUGAGCAGGCAGGCGUACACGAACAACCCCGUCAGGAGCGCCAAGUUCAAAGUGCAAGCUGUGGACUCGGAACCGGGAAGCGCCGCUGAAUCGUCCUGCCUAUCCGCCAGCGAGACGGACGGCGAGAUGUGGCCGAGCGACAGGUCCCCAUCGCAAGCGGGCAGCCACAGCGAUUGGUCGACCGGCUCCCAGGGCAGCUGCGCCUCCCCUCGGCCGCGCCGCAAGUGGCAGCGCGGCGCCAUGAGCAUGGCCAAGACGCUGGCGCUGAUCCACGUGGCGCUGGUGUGGAGUCGCCAGGCGCUGACGCUCAGCGACCUGCUCAGGCUGGCGAACGACGGCGCCGUCCCGUACGUCCACGCUUACCGGGAUCUGCCCGAGGAGAUGAAGCUGGAUGGCGCCGAGGCCCUGAUCUUCACCGUGCAGAGCAUCCCCACCUACCGAGCGCUGCACCGGGAGGCCCAGACGCUCGUCGGCUUCCUGCAACUUCCUGCUUUUCCUCGGAUCCGCCGCCAGGACCCGCUGCACCCGGCCAUGCUCGGCCUGCGCUAUCUGGCCGACGCCAACCUGCCCGACGAGCUCCACCCGUGGCUGUACGAGCUGAUGGAGCGCAGCGGCAUGGCGGAUGUGACGUGCGGCCCGUCGGAAGCCUCGAGCCGCCCCGUUUUGCCCCAGUACGACGUCCGGACCGCCGCCCUCGCCGUUGUCACCCUCAAACUCCUCUUUGGACUGGACGACCACACUGAAUGGGAUUUAUCGAACGCCGCGAGCGAUCUGGUGACCGGGAAACAGGCGGCACGGGGGCACCCUGGAACGGUCUUCAGCCUAAGGCGGUGGUACCGGCUGCUGCACGCCGCCAAGCUCCGAAAGCAGCGGGCGCGAGAUUCCGCCACCGCCCGGAAGCAGUGGAAGGCCACGCCUCUUUACCCAAGCAGGAAGCUCAAAUCUGUCGUCUUGAAAAAGAGAAGGGUGGCGGAGCAGCUGGCGUUGUGUUUGGAGAAAUUCUCACGAGGCGGCGCACCCCGCGCUCCCCCCGCGGCCCCGUCCUCUUUGACGUUCUGCUGGGGGACGGCGGACGGCGCUGACGGCCCAAGUCUGCGCGAUAGCAACCUGGACGCCGCCGUCACCCAAAAAGGCCAAGUCCUGACCCCCGUCAACACGGUUUACUGGCACCCGCAGCUAGCGACUUGCAACUCACGGAAGUGCGGCAGUCUCUGUGCAGCAGCGGCAGUAGAGGCCACACUGCCGCGAUCCUUCCUGUGGCUGCUCCAGUUCUUCUCCUUCUUGUUGCAAGUCAGCCCCACCCACCUGCACCAGGAAGUGAUGAACAUAGAGAGGCGUGUCUUCGCCACCAAGGCGGCUCAAGCCAACAGGACCGAGCUCAUUUGACCCCCCCAUUUCAUGGAUGCAAAAGAAGCAAAAGCCUAGUUUCCUUUUCUGAUGGACACCUCUACCGCCCUCUUGUGGCCAGACAGCGUAACACGCUCGCGACUUGCUCAACGGGAAGAGCUCGUUUCACAUCUGUUCAAGACCAAAGAUGAAAAGUCACAAAACGGGAAGCUCAAAAAGAACUUGUUUUGUGUGUGUGUGUGUGUGUUGGGCCUUAAAACGACACUUUAAACAUAUUGAAAGACAUUUUCAAUGGGUUGUGAAAUUUUUGAUUAAAACUGGAAAGGGUUGAGCGUA